AACCUGGAUGCUGUGGCCGGUGCGACCAGACACCUGGAAAGAGUCUGCACGUCCAGCCCAACUCGCUUUCGCCGCAGUGGCUAAGGCGAUCGCGCGGUUCGAGCCAGUGACAGUCGGCGUUCCUUCGAGCCAGUUGCAAUCCGCGCAGCCUCUGCUGGAUGCCACGGGCGUUGACAUUGCAGUGAUCGAACAAGACGAUGCUUGGAUUCGAGAUACAGGACCCACAUUCGUUGUCGGUGGUACCCGUAUUGAAAGCUCGGAACGGCAGCGCGGAAUGCGAAAUGUUCGGGGCGUUGAUUGGUCCUUCAACGCGUGGGGGGGCGAGUUUGGGGGUUGCUUCUCGAGCUGGGACAAGGACGACGCUAUCGCAAGUACGGUGCUGGGGCUUAUUGGCGCUGAUCGCUACAAGGCAAACAUGGUUUUGGAGGGAGUGACGGGCGAUGUUGAUACCGAUGGGCACGUCGACAAUCUUGUCGCAUUCGUGCGUCCUGGAGAGGUGAACAUUGUGGCAGGAAAGUUCUUCGUUCGAAAGUGGUGGUGGUUCCUUGUUCGCCAUUGAGGUAUCUCAGGCAAGCGAAGGGCCCGGCUCGAGAAGGCCAAGCCUAACACACAAGUGCCUGGGUCGUGAGAAAGUACGCCGAUUUUUGUUCGAGCCGAAGUGUGUGCCAUCCGUGAAGGCUCUGUGAAGGCUGCAACCCACGACGGGAGAUCGUCGGACACGCCUUGGACGAUGGAGAAACCAAUACCUGUGCGGGCGUUCAUGGCAUCCCGCCACACCCACCAGCUAGGAGUCGCUCUCUCGCCACCCGGUACAUUCGAUUCAAUCCACUGCACGCGGGUUUGUUUUUUUUUGUUUGGUUUGGUUGCCCCAAGGCACGGUGUGCUACAGCAUUCCUUUGUUGACGUACUUGAAUCGGAG